AUGAGUUUCGGAGUGAGUAAACCGGUCCUCUGGGUGCUGAUGGGUCUGGUGGCUGUCACAACUGUCUUCUUUAACGUCUACAUGUUUUUGAUGAGCCUGUGGAACAAGAAGGAGAAGAAGGUGAGGAGUCCCAGUGAGACGAUCGUCAUUGCUCUUGCAGUGGCCGACGUGUCACAUCAGCUGGUGUGCUACUUCUGGAUGACCAUAAAUGAGGUGGACAGCAAGUGCUACAUCGCCCAGGUGUUCUACACGAUCCUGCUGCUGCUGAUCUUCAGCUUCAAGUUCACCAUUAUCUGGGACACCAGCUUUCUCACCUUUUACUACAGCACCAAACUGGUGAGCUCACCCAACCACUGCUACAUGCAGAUCCAAGCUGCCAUCCUCAAGCACGUGACCCUAGCCGUUUUCAUCAUCCCAUUGUGCGGACUGGUCUUCUGCAUGCCGAUGCUGGUGCUGUUUCAUGCCAAAAACCACACCAUGAUCGAACAUACAAACAACGACUGUGGGGUGAUGCUGCCAAAAAACAGCUCCGGGGAGUUCUACGAUGUUGUUUUCUUGCUCUUCUCUGACGUGGUGCCGGGGAUGAUCAUGCUGAAGUGCUGCAUCUCCAUCUCUGUCCACCUGGUCAUCCAUCUCCGCCACAUGAAGGCCAGCAACAACGGCGCUCACCCCCCAAAGCUCGGCUCUCAGAUGAGGGUGAUCCAGAUGUCUCUGCUUCUCGUGGCCAACUUUCUCAUCUACCUCGUGGUCGACCUGUACUUAAACUACCAGGUUGUGAUAAAGCACAACACUUCUGUUGGCUUCACGUUCUUUGUCACUUCAGUCUACACCACUGUCACAGCCAUAGUACUGAUCUAUGGUAAGAAGACUCUUUGGAAAACCUUGAUCCAUGAUCUCAACACCUGUCUGGAUGAGUAUCCAUGUUUGUCUUGUUUAAAGCUGCCAGAACACAAGAAUGUAUCGAAGCCUCCUGCAAAAACUAAAAACUAA